GGAGGCGAGAGGGAGGAGAGGUUGUCCAAGGCGCGCAUUUAAGACAGGAGCUGAUUGAUCUUGCUUUUGUGGGCUUUACACAGACACCAGUUAGUUACUCAAUGUAAACCCGUCUGCCUUCUCCAUUUAUCUUUCCGUUGAAUUUUGUUUCAUCACACUUUUGUUGUUUUUGGAGGGCACCUGCCCCGAGGAUACAGCGGUACAUCCGUCUCCUCACUGCGGAUCGGGAGUUGGACUGCGCAGGAGAGCUCCCCUGCGAAACGCGUCAUGGGAAACGGGAGAAGCUCUGCCGCUUUUUGCAUGCACACCUGAGGGGUUUAUGGAUUAUCACCACGUUUUAGCUUAGAAAAAAUAACACUUUUUCAUCUAUUGUCUUUAAGAAAAAAAACGUUUUCUGUCAGACAUCCGGAUUUAUAAGCCUCCUUAAAGGACUCGGUUACUUUGUUUCUUACGCGCUUUGGAUUUCGGUGAAGAGUUGGCACGAUGGUCACAUCCGACUGCUUCAAAUCGAUCGUUGUCAUCUUGUGCUGUUCCUCACUCAUAAACGGGCAUUUGGAGAGAGAUCAGUCGCCCAAGAUUCUGCCCUCUGACAAGCCCCUCAUUCUUCAGAAGGAUGAAUCAUUAAACCUCAUAUGCAGAGGUCAUGGCCUGGUGCACUGGACUCUUGCAGAUCCCGGUCGAUCGAUCUCUUCAGAGGGUGUUAAGGUGGAGCAGUGUGAUUCCAGAAGUCACCUUAACUCCCACUGCAGCAAACUGACAGUCACUAAAUUGAAAGCUGUGGACACAGGAAGGUACAGCUGUCUAUACUCCAAAGAUGGUUUGGACCACAUCAACUCAACCUAUGUCUAUGUCCACGAUGAAGAGAAACCAUUUGUGGAGACCAACCAUCACCACGUCCUGUUCAUUUACAGACAUGAGACUAGCCUUGUGGUCCCCUGCAGGACUUCUUCCCCUCAUACUGUGGUAGAACUGACAGGGGUCCCACCUUUACAAGAGAGGAUUGUUAAGGAAAUGGUUUGGGAUCCAGAGGUGGGAUUCAAGAUCCCCUACGGCCCCUUUGAUAUGAUUGCUAAUAUACUCACCUGUAAGACCAUGGUCAAGGGUCAUGAGCACACGUCCAUGUACAUCCCAAAGAGACUAACAAUUGUUCUCAAUAAUGUGAAGGUCACUCCAGAGCGUGUUAGAGUUUUGGUUGGGGACACCCUCCUCCUAAACUGUACUGGUGAGACCACCUAUAAUGGAAGAAUAAACUUCACAUGGGAGUUCCCAAAGAGUAAAGACAACAGACAUUACACUAAAAAGCCCAGAGUCUCUCCAGCCGGGGUUCUUGUGAUGAGCAAGGCUUUAUUCCUGCCAAACAUAACAAUGGAGGAUAAAGGGGUGUACCGCUGCAGGGCUGAGCUUGAACCCACAAUAUAUAAGAAUGCUUCAGCUAAAGUCAUUGUCUAUGAGCAUCCAUUCCUCAAUAUCUCCUACAGACAUGAGAGGCCGAGUACAGUGGUUGCCAAAGAAGGUAGAAAAAGGCUUGUGUUUGAGCCCAAGGUCAAUGCUCUACCAACACCAGACAUGUUAGCAUGGUACAAGGAUGGGGUUCCUAUCAGGAAGAAUUCCACCUGUUACAAGAUGUCUGGUUUUAACUUGAUCAUCACAGAUGUGCAGCAAAAGCAUGCUGGGAUCUUCACCAUAAGCCUGGGCAACCAAGCGAAGGGCUUGCACAGGAAUCUGACCUACACUCUGGUAGUCAACAUGAAGCCAAGUAUUUCAGAGGCGGAGCUCGCCACCGUGGACGUGCCGCCCUACAUGUUUGGCAGACAGCAUCAGCUAACCUGCACUGCUUUCGGGUUUCCCUUGCCAAACAUAACUUGGUUCUGGCAACCUUGUCACUCAGGACCUACUCUUAAAGAUUGCAUUGAAACCAUGCCAAUCCUGGUCAAAGUAGAGGACAGGGAAAACUACCCACACAAUAUGAUUAAGGGCAUAAGCAUCAAUCCUGAACUGGUUAAAGGCAAGAACAAGACUGUGAGCACCCUGGUGAUAGGAGAGGCUAGCACAUCAGGAAAAUACACCUGUUUGGCUCAGAAUGAAGACGGCAUCAGCACGUGGGUGAUCCCUUUCUACAUUGAUGAUCAAUCCGAGGAAAUCACUAUUGAACCUGGGGCGGCCAUUGAGGGAGACGAUGUAAAUCUGACCUGUCGGGCAGCUCGCUACCUCUACACAGAUCUGCAGUGGUUGGAUUCCAAGAAUCAAACGAUCACUUCCAAUGUGUCCAGCCUGCAGCUUAGCAACUACUCCAUUUCUAUUUCGCUCCAUCUGCAUAAUGUGUCCCAAAACAGCACCAAAGGUUACAGGUGCCGAAGUGUCAAGCUGCAGAAGACAGUUGAACUUAAACCAGCUGCACUCAAUGUGGAUGCACGAAAGCGCCCCUGGCUGAGUCAAAAUCUAACUAAUCAAGACGUGAACAGUAGCAGCACCCUGAUACUGGCUUGCUUUGCUCUUGGAGUGCCUCGUCCCUACGUCUUGUGGUACAAAAAUGGCGUUCCAGUGGAAGAAGGACCAGGUAUCACGCUCGGAGAGGACGGGGUUCUGACCAUCGAGAGGGUGAAGAAAGAUGAUGAGGGUUUCUACGAGUGUGUUGCCAGUAAUGUGGAGGGCAUGGCGAAAACAAGUGCUGUAGUUACGGUGCUAGGCGACGAGGGGAAGCCAAACGUUGAGGUAAUCAUUCUGGUGUGCACGGGGGCUGCAGCAACGUUCCUUUGGCUCAUGCUCAUCAUUUUCAUCCGCAAGCUGAGGAAGCAACCAGCACACUAUAAGAUGGGUCCAUCUAUCAUCAUUGACCCUGACGAGUGCCCCCUCGACGAGCAGAAUGAUUUUCUUCAAUAUGACAGCAGCAAAUGGGAGUUUCCCCGAGAUCGCCUGCGACUAGGCAAAACUCUCGGACACGGCGCUUUUGGGAAAGUGGUGGAGGCCUCUGCCUUUGGGAUUGACAAGCUCUCAACCUGCAAGACUGUAGCUGUCAAAAUGCUGAAAGGGGGAGCUACAUCAAAUGAGCGGAAAGCUCUGAUGUCAGAGUUAAAGAUCCUGAUUCACAUUGGCCAUCACCUGAACGUGGUCAACCUACUGGGAGCCUGCACAAAGCCUGGCGGCCCCUUGAUGAUGAUAGUGGAGUUCUGCAAGUAUGGGAACUUGUCAAACUAUUUAAGAAGCAAAAGAGAAGACUUUAUCGUCUACAAGAGCCAGGACGGUAAGGUGGUGUCAUCAGGAUCGGGCUGCGAGCUGAGCGAGUUGAUGAAGCGCCGCCUGGAGAGCGUGGCCAGCACCGGAAGCUCUGCCAGUUCUGGCUUCAUAGAAGAUAAGAGUUACUGCGACUCAGAGGAAGAGGAAGAAGAAUCUGAGGAUUUAUAUAAGAGAAUCCUGACAUUGGAAGAUUUAAUUUGCUACAGUUUCCAAGUUGCAAAAGGCAUGGAGUUCUUGGCUUCACGCAAGUGCAUUCAUCGUGAUUUGGCUGCCCGGAACAUCCUGCUUUCUGAAAAUAACGUUGUGAAGAUUUGUGAUUUUGGACUUGCCAGAGACAUCUACAAAGACCCAGAUUAUGUGCGCAAAGGAGAUGCGAGACUGCCGCUUAAGUGGAUGGCACCUGAGGCGAUUUUUGACAAAGUCUACACAACUCAGAGCGAUGUUUGGUCCUUCGGUGUUCUCAUGUGGGAGAUCUUCUCUCUUGGUGCCUCACCGUACCCUGGGGUCCAAAUUGACGAAGAAUUUUGCUGCAGGCUGAAAGAAGGGACCAGGAUGAGAGCACCAGAAUACUCUUCCUCUGAAAUAUAUCAGACCAUGUUGGACUGCUGGCAGGGGGAGCCACAGGAGCGACCAACCUUCACUGAGCUGGUAGAAAUGCUGGGAGACUUGCUUCAGGCCAGUGUGCAACAGGAGGGGAAGCACUACAUUCCCAUAAACACAGCUCUACUGUCUAAGGUGGGAGAUCCAUCCAGCACAGGGCAAUCAGAGGAGACGUCAACACGACCCGCUUCACACCGCGACUCUGGGAACAACUGGAACAUUAAGAUCCGUCCUGCUAGUGUGAAAACCUUUGAUGAGGUAACCAUGGAGCAUGGGACAAAUGAGAGCCACGAGGGCGGUCACUCAGACAGUGGGAUGGGCCUCUCCUCUGACAACAUGAAGACUCUAAAGCGUCUGGAGUCUCUGGCAAGCCGACCUCUUAGCAUUAUGGCUUUGGCGAUGAAGGCAGUGAGUAAGAGUAAAGAGUCUGUGCUGAGCGACACAGAUAAGGAGAAGUACUCAUCGACCAUCCCCAAUCUGGACUUCAGUCUGGAUGACUCAGUGCUGGACGACUCGGCCCUGGAGUGUCACAGCCCACCGCCUGACUACAACUAUGUGGUGCGCUACUCCACCCCGCCUGUGUAACCGCAAGCUCCGCCCCCUAAAGCACCUGACUGGUGUCCUCCAGGCCUUCACUUUGUUUCCAUCCUGUUCUGACUCUUGUCUCUAGACUAUUCUGUAGAGAAGUUUGAGAGGACACACAAGAUGUCUCUCAAAGAAGCCCAUCAACUGUUACUUCUGGAUUUUCUAGCUUCCAGGGCGUUUGGUGUCCUUUUAAAGGAAACCUGCAGUCUGUUGAUUCCCCUCCAGUUUUCAGGUAUAGGCUGAUCUUAAUGCUGCUGGUCCCUCCAACAUUCACUGUGAUGUAUCAAACAGGUGAAAACUGGCUCAGGUAUUUCUUUUAACUACUGUGAAAAAAAGACUACAAUGAUUCCCACUGAACAACAGACCUGAAUAAACUCCAACCUUUGGUGAUGAAGAAUCACAUCCAGAAAAAAAAAGGAGGAUUGCUCUGGCCUAAUGUGUUUCAAAUGUAUUUUAAAAGUGAAAAUUUGAUAAUUAGUGGGGGGGUGCAGUUAGAGAAGCUAUUCUUGUAAUGUGGCUUGUUUGACCGUUACAGUAAGGCUAAAGAUCAACUCAAACGAGAAUUAGGAUGUUUUAAACAUUGUUUAUUGAUUAUGAAAGAAUCCCAUGUUCUUGGUGCUCCUGUAAUACAUUUAUAAGGUUGAUUCUCUCAGGUUGACCCUGGAGUGCUCCGUCACAUAGCAGUGGAUGUGUUUUAAAGCUCUCCAGGUGAUUGAAAGUCAUAGUUUGAUGGAGGUUAACUGGGACAGAGGGUGGAGCUGAGUGUAAGACCAGACAGGGUCAGAGUGAACAUAACAGCUCGAUCACUCUAAAUGAGUCCUCCUCCUGAUGAAGAAGCUCAAAGACUGUUUAGUUUAGUUUGAAGUAAGAAGAAGUCCGAUUUGUUUAUUUGUAUGUGUAAAAAAUAGAAAGUUAGAAACAUGAGGUUAGACAUUCAUAGGACCUGUUUAUUCAAAAAGCACUAGUUAAAGAAAUUGUGUAUUUAUUUAGCCUGUAAACACUGCUACUAAUUCAUUGUUUUUUUUGUUAUUAUGUUGUUUUGGCUCAUAUUUUUUAAGUUCACAGAUAGGUCUACUAGCUUAGUCUUCCUGAUAUCAACAUGCAAUGUCCUCAAUAUUUCACUCCAGAGGUGUGUGCUGUUGGUGCUGCUGUAUUCCCUUCUAGUUUAGCAGAGGGAUUGUGUUCCUGCAGAAACACCUAAUGUUGAUCAUCCGCCCUUGCAAUGGGUUGGUAAAGCUUGCAGGGCAGGCUAAGAAAAAAACUCUCCAUGUGUAAGAUGGCGUCACUGUGCUCUGGUUCAAAUGAAACGUCUCCUCUUUCUAACAGCAUUUUCAGCAUUGUAUUUGUUUUCUAGAUGUAUUGAAAGUAGUGUGGACCAACCCUUUAUCUGAAGAAGAAAAGGAAACAGUAUUUGUUAGUGAGUAAACUACAGUCUAAAGUGGACAGAAUGAACCCCAGUGUGUUUCCAAAUGUUUUGUCUUGUAAAUGGUGAGAGGAAGUGAUGCACUGAUGCUUUAUAUCAAGUAUAGUUUUUGUACUCUAAAGUUAUAUUAUUGUAAACAGUGUUGAGGGUGACAUGUGACAAAUAUGUUUUGAUGUAUUUUAAAAUUUUUAUUUAACUUUAACCUAAAGUACACAAUAGUAAAAUUAACAUUUGCAGUAUUAGUUGUAUUAUUUCUUACCAGCCUAACAUCAUCAGUCAUGUUUUUAUAAAAUAGGUAUAUGUUCUUAAAUGUCAUGGUUACUGAUAUCACAAUAUUCCUUAGAUAAAUGUAUUUAAAGUGUAUUGCAUUUCUUCAUACAUAACCACAAAGUAAAACCACCUGCAGCAGCUCAAACCAUCCUAUGAUCUUUUUCUGUUUUGUUUAUGUAGUGUGAUAAAUUAGAUUGAAUGAAGUAAUGUUCCCCAACACUGUAAACUGAGCAUAUGAAGUUCAUAAAUGAAUAAAGAUCUAUAUAUUUAUACAUUA